CUAAGCGAACAUGCGCAGAACGGCUCACGUAGGGACAGAUGUGGCUUGAGGAGGUACAACCGGAAAUUGUGCCCUUUGGACACCGCGUGGGCUGAGUGCUUCGGGGGCUCGCUACCUUGAAUUUUGACACAGCUACUGCCGCUAAAGUCCCAUUCUUCACCGCUGGAUCAACACUUCCGGUUACAUCGCGACGACGAUGUCAACCAACGCUGGCGUGUUGUUAAAUGGAGGCGAAAAUGAAGAAUUCAAGACUUUUGUUACCUUAUACUACAAAGCCUUGAAUGGAUGUGGAAUACCUCAAAUGUACUGGAGGAGCCUACAUCACAAAAUCACGAACCAGAUUUAUGAUGCUGGCAAGGUGUUUGGAAUCAUGCAGCUCCAGGUAAAUGAGGAUGAUUGGAAUAAGGUUGGCUGUGUAGAGAAGGAAAAGACUGGAAUGGUGGUUAGCUCCAAAGUAAUUGUUACACGAAAGAGUGGACUGCAAACCUCACAGCCAACAAGCGUUUUCUUGGUUGACCAUGCAUGGACAUACCGUGUUGGUCAUGCCCGUCAGCAGCUGGAGGAGAUUCCUGGCCUGUUGCAAAGAAUGGAGUCCCUCAUGAGGUUGGAGAAAGACCCUGCUGCUGAUUCAGUCCAGCGUGUGAUGGACCGUAUGUGGCUGUACAACCAGACUUACCAACUUUCCCAAGGGUCUGCAGAGGAGAAGGUUCCUGUGUGGUACAUCAUGGAUGAGUUUGGUUCUCAAGUGCAACACUCUGACCAGCCCAGCUGUGGCAUGGCUCCCUUCUUCUACGCUCAGGAGCAAGUGGCCUACACCGUACUCUGGCCUGUCAUCGACCUGCAAGAGGGAGAUGAAGUAACACGUGACUUUGCAUAUGGCGAGUCAAACCCUCUGAUUAGACAAUGCCGUUUGUUACCAUGGAUACCUGCUGAUCUAGAAGAGCUUUGUGGCAGAACCCCAGAACCACCGGAUUCGUACUAUGAGGCUGUGCUUCAGGAGAACAAAGAGCUCCUUCCUGUGGAAAUCCAACCCUCAACUUUACCCAGGGACAAAAUACUUAAGGUUUACUCUGAAAUGUCACAAGUAACUAACAACUUGACACACACAAGUUUCCAGCUGACAGAUAAUGAGGAAGAGGCCGAUAUCAUUUGGAGCUACAACCACAUCAAAGACUACAGGAUGCUGAGUGAGGCUCGGCCUCAUGUCAUGCUGAACCAGUUUCCCUGUGAGAACCUCAUCACUGUGAAGGACUGCCUUGCUGCCUUGGCCCGAAGAUUGAAGAGUGGUUCAGAUGUAAUACCGGAGACCUUCAACCUUCAGACGGAGCUUCCACAGUUCAUAAGGCACUAUCAACUGAGACACCAGAGGGCACAUGAUAACCACUGGAUAUGCAAGCCCUGGAAUUUGGCCCGUGGGAUGGACAUACACAUUACCAACAAUCUGAACUACAUAAUCCGACAGAGAGAGAGUACACCAAAGGUGGUGUGCAAAUACCUUGAGGAUCCAGUACUGUUCAGCAGGGAGGACAUAGGAUUGGUCAAAUUUGACAUCCGCUACAUGUUGCUAUUGCGCUCUGUCAAGCCUCUGCGUCUGUAUGCCUACAAUGUCUUCUGGCUGCGCUUUGCUAAUAGACCCUUUUCCCUGGAACGUUUUGAUGACUACCAGAAACACUUUACUGUUAUGAACUAUACAGAAGGUGUGGAACUCAAGCAGGUCCACUACGAUGACUUCAUCCCUUUGUUUGAAAAGCAGUACCCUGACUACCCUUGGAAGGGAGUAGAAUCAAAGUUGUUUGAAUCAUUCAAGCUUGUCUUCCAAGCUGCUUGUUCUCGACCUGCUCCAUAUGGUAUAUGUCCAUACCCGUCUUCCAGGGCAAUCUAUGCUGUGGACCUCAUGCUCAAGUGGAAAAUACUGGACAAUGGUCAGCGUGUCAUGGUUCCUCAGAUUCUUGAGUUCAACUUUAGUCCAGACUGCACCCGGGCCUGCCUCUACCACCCAGACUUUUACAACCACAUGUUUCAGACUCUGUUUUUGGACCAGCCAGAGGACUGCCCUGUUACUCAGAUUGCAUGAUUAUUUACUACCCCUGUAUCGAUACUUCUUUGGAUUUUUAUUUUGCCAUUUAGCACCUAGAUUUAUAAAUGGCUGUUUUCUGUCAAACAAACAUACUCUGUGGUUGCUAAAAGUUGACAAGGGUAAUUAAAUCACAUUUACAUUAAAAGUUGUGCGGGAUUCUUUGUUUUAUUUUCCCUUGUAAUUUAGGUUGAAUCCACGUUUUGAGUGUAGAUGUAAUUUCUGGGAUAACCAAGUAUACUUAAAUGCAGCAAAUUGUACUUCUGCAGCAAGAGUUACGUUAGUGAGUAAUAAGAAUAUCCGCUUAUUGUUUCUCUUUGUCUUUCUGUUUAUUUAGACCACACAUACAGACAUAAUGAAAAUGUUGUGAUGUUUGGAGUGUCCAUGAAUGCCCCUCGCUGUCGUCUAGCGACAAUGAGGAAGUGUCAGACUAGAGACGUGUUUGUGAGUUGGACAUACCUAUAUGGUGUUGGAAUUGCACUGCUGUCGACAUGUUCAGGUCAGAAUAAAGUUAUAAGAUCGUCAGACUGUAAAUCUGUGUCCCCACACUUGUGGGGAUGCUACAUUCCACCUCAGUCUGCCUUCAUAACAGAGAGGUGUGGCUUGACAUGAUGUGUUAAUUACGGUAAACAUUGUAAUAUAACUAAUGUGGUAACUAAAAAGUUACCGCCAUUAACAAAUUAUUUUCGGCAGCCCUAAGGAAAAGCCAGCAUUUUGUUGGGUUUUUCUUUGUGACAGCGCAGCUUCAAAGAGAUUCUGGACUACCAUCCGCCAUCUCAGGAGGGGUAAGCAGUGCACGGUCAACACCGUUUAUGGUGGGUAUGGUGUGCUGACUUCGACUCGAGAUGUUGUGGACCAGUGGAAGGAAUACUUCAAGACCUCUUUUAUUUGUCUUGUAUACCAAUGAGUGCCAGGGAGAUACCUGGGGCGGCAUAUCCUCAAAUUUGCAGAUGACUCUGUGAUUGAUCAGGGAUGACGACUCUGUAGUGUCUGAGUUUAAGGACUGGUGUAGCACGUCCUUCUUAAAUGUGAACCAAGGAUAUGAUUGUAGAUUUUAGGAAGAAUCCUACAGUCUUAUCACCUGUUGUCAUAACAGCUGUUAUGACACACACCUGUUGUUGUGAUAAAGCAGGCUGUUGAGGUGGUUCAGCAGUACAAACAUCUGACAACGGUGCUGGACCACAGGCAUUUGAGUCUCAGGUGGAUGCUAUAUGUAAAAAAGCUCAUCAGAGGAUGUAUUUUUAUCGGAAGCUUUGCAGUUUUAAAGUGGAUAACACUUUUAUGAAAAUGUUUUAUUCUUUUUUUUUAUUGAAACAGUGCUGACGUUUUCUUUUGUCAGCUAGUAUGUGCUGCUCACCCUCAAAAAGAGGAACAGGUUGCAGGGCACUAAAGUCUGCAGCAGAAUUGCUGUCACCACACUUAAUGGCUAAACUGUGUUGGAUCAGAGGCAGACUCUGAAAAGUCGGUCCUUGUUGAUCCCAUUCAUCCCCUGCACGAUGAGUUCAGGUUGCUUCCAUCGGGGCGCAGAUACAGUGUUCCUAAAUGUAGGACCAAUAGGAUGAGGAAUUCUUUGGUCCCACCAGCCACUGUUCUGCUGAAUAACUGUUUGUUAUGUUGGUUUUGUAUUUAUUGUUGGUUUGUUGUCUGUGUCAUACUGUUGGCUGUAGAAGACAUUGCCCCUUGGGGAUAAUAAAGUUUACCUUGACCUUGACCUCAAUCACACCGACACGUCUUCCAAUCGGGAAGCAGUGCCUGGGGACUCCGCGGUGGGCUAUCAUAUCUCUGGGGCUGAGGUUGUCAAAAACCUCCUCUAUGUGGGUGGAUGAAAUCUGCCCGAUAACACUUCUCAGGAACGUUUCCAAGUGGACCGUGCCUUUCAUAUGAGACAUCAUAUGUCUCAUAUAUAACCCUAACCCCGAUUAUUCCAACAAUUAUAACAAGACCAGAGACACCACUGGGAUGUCACAGCUAUUAUUGAUCCUAAGUUACAACUGUGUUUAGUCUUGAGUGUCCAUUUCGUGCUAUUCCUCUUUGAUUCAAGGUUAUCAGCCUAACCUGUGUCCCUGUAAAUAGUUGAAGUGUGAAAUAAAACUCAAGAAAACCUACUGGGGUCGAGUUGAUGAAGCGUCUUUUACCAUCUUCUCAGCCUUUUCAAGUGCAGGCUGGCAUAAGUCUAAAUGAACUUGACAAAUAUUUUAUGAAGUAUGGUUAUUGAUUUAUGUUCAUAAAUGUAACAAAUAAUAAAUAUCACGGCUCGUGACGUCACAGAAGUGCUGUGUACAAACUGUAUUUUCAUUCUCAGGUUAUUGAAUCAAUUGCAACCGGACUGUUCAUGUUGUCUUAGAAGUAGGGAUUCUCCGAUCAGGGUUUUAUGCUGCCGAUUAUGAUACCGAUCAUCCAUGAGUGAAAUGGGUCGAUACCGAUGACAUAGAUUAAGUGUACAUUUUUAUAUUUAUGUAUGAUGACUGCUAUUGGCCAGAACUGCCGUAUAAGGGGAAAAAGUUAGGACAAUUCCAAGGUCCCCUGACUGCCAGGGGGCCCAAAAAUAGGUAAUUAUUUUAAUUUUUUUUAAGUUCAUGGGGCCCGGAAUUCCUGAUUGCACCCCUACUAUUGGCUAUAUGAUAUGAAAAAGGAAACCAUAAAAUCACCAUUUAAACAAAAACAUAUUUUACUUACUUUUUCAAGAGAACAUAAACCACUGGUGAAAAUUAGAGAGGACGAGACUCCUUUAUUAAGGAGAGGACUUCCAGGUAUCAUGCAGCGGGGCUCCAAGUGAGAGCACAAUCGGCAAACCCGGUGUCUUCCACCGCUGAUAGAGGCUGGUUAUCUAGUCGGAUGAGUUCAGCGGUGGCUACAACAGGUGCCAAUUGACUGACGAUCACAUCUUGAGCCUCGAAAACUCGCCAUACUCCGUCAAGUGUUUGUUCUUCAAAUGCCAUCUUAAAUUAAAGCGUUUUAACGUGCUACCCCGGCAAAUAUUUUUUGUGUCAUGUUUUGCAGGGUGCAAAAUUUAUAUCACUCUCACCAAAGACAGGUCAGUUCCAGUUGCAAGUUCACCAUGAAUGGAUGAAGCCUGCUCAAAUGAGAGGCGAAACGUCUUCUAAGACAACCUGAACAGUCCAGUUGCAAUCGAUUUAAUGCCCUGAGAAUCCAAUGACCUGGAUGAAUGAGAAUAUUCACAGGUGUAUUUUUAUCAUUUUUAAAAUGUAGUACUUGCUCCCAUUUGCUAAGCCGGUUAUAAAUGCUUGCACUUUAGGCUGUACUUGUAAUGGUGUAAUUUUAUUUGAACAUGCAUGCAAGUUACAAUUGAAUACAUCACAUAAUUCAAUUCACAUUUCCACAUGUCCAAAAGGAGUAGGAAGAAGCAAAGCUUAUUUAAUCCUACCCCCCAUCAGUUCCACAUCUUGUGCAGUACAUUUAUUCACUUCCUGUAUUCCAUUUGUGAUUUUUCAAUACAUAGAGCAAUGAUAAUGUAAUGUAACAAUAUAAGGUAAUUAUUAAGAUUUUUUCACAAUGAAUAUAAUAAUCAGUAUAGUAAAUAAAUAAAUAAUAAUAAAUAGAGACAAGCAUAACAAAACAAGUUCGAGAUUCUUCUGCCUUGUAUUUUGCAAACAUCAACUGCUUGUAUUGUUUUUGAAUGGGCUCAUGUUGGUGCAUUGUUUGAGUUCCUUACUCAAUCCAUUCCAUAAUUUGAUUCCACAUACUGAAAUGCUGUGGGUUUUUAGCGUUGUUCUCGGAUAUAAUUGUUUCAAGUUUAGUUUUUCCCUAAGGUCAUAUUUCACCUCUCUUGUAGAGAAGUAUUUGUAUGACAUUUUUGGGUAGCAGGUUAUUAACUUUAUGCAUUAUUUUAGUGGUUUGAAAAUUUACUAAAUCAGCAAAUUUUAAUAUUUGUGAUUUUAAAAAUCAGGGAUUUGUAUGUUCUCUAUAUGUAAUGAAGUCAAAUAAAUCCAUUGUAAAGCAGAAUAUCCUCCCUAUUUCUGAAUCUUUGCAAUUAAGGUAGCAGAUGAAAAUCACAAGAGCAGUAUUUAUUCAGUUACAAAAAAAAAACUCUGAACAUACUUUGCCCAUGCAUUUUCAAGACCGUUCUAAAGAGAGAAGGAAAAGAAAAUGUAAAAACAAAAUCACAUCAACAGGAACACAAACAUUAAUUAAAGUUAACAAUGUCCCAAUAAAACAUGUACAUUAUGUACACAAACACAAAUAAUCAGUUGAUCUUGUUCAAUUUAUGCAUGUAAAAUCAAGUGUUGUCUUUACAUAAUAACAUAAUAACAAAAGUAAGCCUCUCCAUGUCUAAGAACGAUUUAGGCAUUACUUCGAAAGGCUCUGCACAUCAAUCUACUUACAGCUUACAAACAAAAGUCCGCUGGCCGUCGCGGCGC